AUGUACUAUGAUGGUAUGGUUUUGAAAUCGGUACUCGAAUCGUUUGUCGAUGAUAUUGCUGAAGAAUCGAGUGAAUUAUUACCAGAACGACCACGGUACGCCUAUGCAGUUGUCGUUGUCGCUGACGACCAUGAAAUAUGCGAGGUGAAAGAAAUUUUUACAAGAGAAGUGCUUGUCAUGUUGUAUUUUUUAUUCAGAGAUAAUGCUCCUUACGAUUCCGAUAUUCAACGAGCUCUUCAAGAACUGAUAGAGUCCCGAGAUCUACUUGUUACACCACGCCAAAGCAUGCUUGUCGACACUUCGAAAUAUGAGGUGGGUUAUGAUCACUCCAAAAAAGCCGCUGUCAUCAGUUACCAGUUCUACUGUUGUUAUUGUCCAUUAGCUUCACAGGUCACCAGUGAAGUACCGUUUAGCGGACCCUUCCUUGCUCUACGGUGA